UUGACAAUUCAAAAACACCACCCCACCCCCGGAGUAGAUCAAAUCGCUCGACCCAGUAGUUCCCACAUCAGUUGCGCUGCAGUAGUCCGAACGGCCAGCAGUGACGCAUCUCCACGAGAACGGUCAACGAUGUUUUGAUUUUUCAGUCGGCUGGUGUAAAAUGGGCAACCAUCAUCCGCACGGCCAAAAGUCCGGACGGUCGACGCCGUCGUCAACGUCCUCGCAGAACGGUUCGAAGAAGACGAUAUCGCGGACCACCUCCGGCAAUGACAUCAAGGAACAACAGGCCACCGCUCUGUUGCCAUUGGAAAAGUUGGCCAAGAUCUUAACAGACCGUUCGAUGAAAGAUGAGGGGAUCAACGGCAUUUCUUUCCACGUGUUCCACCGUUCCCUGUUCCCACGUUACCAAAUCUUCGCCGACCGCCUCUACAACUACCUGCUGAAGUCGUCGAAGGCCAAAACCACAUACUUGGGCACCACAGCCUUUAAGCAGCAAUGUGAAAAAUACCUGGCCAUCCUGGACGACGACCUAGUCAGGGAAACGCUGGUGAAGAUGUUCUCCGACGACGACGACAACAUACCUAUCGAGUCUUUCCGCACCUUGCUAAUGUGCUCGUACCACAUCAGCAUGGACCACUACAGCGAGGGUCCGCAGAUGUGCUUUUCGAUAAACAAAAUGCUCACGUCAGUGGUUGAGAGCUGUUACCACGGCAAGAAGACUCUGAGCGGUAAAUACGUGUCCACUUGGAUCGGGCUGAACAUUCCCAGGUUGCUGUUCCCCUUGCACCGGUACGCCGUGCACUCGCUGGCGACGUCCUGGAGGAACCUGGAGCAGGAGGAGCCCACCCUGGCGGCAGAGGAACACGGAGGUGACGUUGUGAUUAAUCCAGGUCUGGAGUUGGCGACGCCCGUACUGGAACAGCCGCCGCCGUUCGGACAAGGGAAGCCGCCCCAUCCGCAUCUGUUGACGAUGAGUCUGAGCUGGCUUCUGGCCGGCGCCCUCUCACCCAUCUACUCGAGGCCUCAGAAGGCGCAUUCGCCUCACAACAGCGGUGUGGGUUUGGCCAGCGUGAACUUCCUGGCGAAGCUGUUGUGCUCCGUCCCGUCACACUGGACCCUGCUCUACGACUCCGACGACAACGGCCUGGGAACCAAUCGCUUUUUGCAUCACGUCCUAUCGUACAAAGGACCCACCUUGUGCCUAAUAAAGGCGGACAACGGCAGCCUAUUUUGCGUCGCGUCGCCGUGCGAAUGGAAGGAGUCGCACUUGUACUGGGGCGGCGAGGAAGCAGCCGUCCUGCAACUGAUGCCCAAGUUCGCUGUGUUGGAACGCGGGUCCAAGAUGUUGUAUCUGAACACCACGGUCAGGGGGUAUCCCCACGGUUUGAGGGCGGGAAAGGACCCCAGGGCCCCUAUUAUUAGCAUUGAUGCAGGAUUUGAAAAGGUUGAAUACCAGAAGAUCCCGUACCACCUAGAAACAGUGGAGGUGUGGGGUUGCGGCGAUCAGGUGAUGCGAGAACGACAACUGGAGGUGAAGAAGUGGGAGGUGAAAGAGGCGGAACGACAGCGUAACGUAAAGAUGAGCGCGGCCGAUUGGCUGGACCAUCCGGACCGGUACCUGUUGGAGUUGGCGGGUCGUCCGCAGUACCACGAUAGUCAAUGAUGAUACGCGAAGCUUUAACUUAUUUAAAAGAGUAUUGUUUUUUAGUGUGUAACCGUGCAGUUGUACUUGGUUGAAGUAUUGUUUUUCUCUAUUUUGGCUAACAUUCCUGGUUAUGUGAGGACUUUAUUGUACUUAAAGAUAUGAAGAUGGAGUGCCAUUAUGUAGUACUUAAGGCCGCGCUCAAAUUCAUUCCAAAUUGAACACGAAAUUUUAUGCCUUGUUGGUUCAUUCCUUAGAAUCGUGCCUUUGGAAGUAGUUUUAGCUCAAUUUUUAACAGACAAGUAUUAAAUUCGCACCAAUACUUAAAACAAUGUUUAGGACUACUUACGUUUUUAUUAACUUGUACAGGGUUUAUUAUAUUAAAGUUAAUGUUUGACUUACUUGAUGCUGAUAUUAUUUAUUACCAUUGUUCAAUUAUUAUUGCGAAAUAUUUAUAUGAUGAGUUCAGGAAUGAAAGAAUUAUUUUUGUAUACACAAUUACAAUAGACAUUCAAAAACCAA